AGGGCAUCCUCCUCUCUCUCUCUCUGCCUACCAAGCAAGAGCAACACUUGUUGCCAACACAGACACCGCUCUGCCUCAUCAACCGAAACAGAGCAUCCAAGAAACCAGAGGAGGCAGAGAGAGGUAGAAGAAGAAGAGGAUGGCGCUCCUCCUUUUGGUGCUGGUCGGUGUUUUCGUCGGCGUGGUGCUGGCGAGCAGCCUGCUGCUGCGCUGGAACGAGGUCAGGUACGGCCGGAGGAAGGAGGGCCGCUUGCCGCCGGGCACAAUGGGGUGGCCGCUCUUCGGGGAGACCACCGAGUUCCUCAAGCAGGGCCCGAGCUUCAUGAAGCACAGGAGCCUCAGGUACGGGAGGCUGUUCCGGACGCACAUCCUGGGGUGCCCCACGGUGGUGUGCAUGGACCCGGAGCUCAACCGCCGCAUGCUGCUGCAGGGCGAGGCCGGCGGCCUGGUCCCCGGCUACCCGCAGUCCAUGCUCGACAUCCUCGGCCGCAACAACAUUGCCGCCGUCCACGGCCCGCUGCACCGCGUCAUGCGCGGCGCCAUGCUCGGCCUCGUCCGGCCCGCCGCGCUCCGCACCAGCCUCCUCCCCAAGAUCGACGCCUUCAUGCGCGACCACCUCCAUGGAUGGGCAGGCAGUGUCGUCGACGUCCAGGCAAAGACCAAGGAGAUGGCCUUGCUAUCCGCACUCAGGCAGAUCGCCGGCAUCACCGCCGGCCCGCUCUCCGACGCCCUCAAGACGGAGCUGUACACCCUUGUCCUCGGCACAAUCUCCUUGCCCAUCAACCUCCCAGGGACCAGUUACUACCAAGGUUUUCAGGCAAGGAAGAAGCUCGUGUCCAUUCUAGAGCAGAUGAUCGCGGAACGGCGAUCCUCUGGUGAUGCUCACGAUGACAUGCUGGAUGCUCUCUUGAGAAGCGGUGAUGACGGCACCAGGGAAAAGAUUAGCGAUGAGCAGAUCAUUGACUUGCUCAUCGCCCUCAUCUACUCCGGAUACGAAACCAUGUCGACCACUUCGAUGAUGGCCGUCAAGUACCUAUCGGAACAUCCGCGGGCCCUCGAAGAACUUAGGAGAGAGCAUCUUGAUAUCAGGAAGGGAAAAUCUCCGGAGGAAGCCAUCAGCUACGAUGAUUUCAAGUCCAUGGCCUUCACUCGAGCUGUCAUUUUUGAGACGCUAAGAUUAGCCACAGUUGUGAAUGGACUGCUGAGGAGAACUACCCAGGAUAUAGAAAUGAAUGGGUAUGUCAUUCCAAAAGGCUGGAGAAUCUAUGUUUACACAAGGGAGAUAAACUAUGAUCCGUUCAUGUAUCCUGACUCGAUGACCUUCAAUCCGUGGAGAUGGCUGGAGAAGAACAUGGAAUCGCACCCGCACUUCAUGUUGUUCGGAGGGGGCGGCCGGAUGUGCCCCGGGAAGGAGGUGGGAACGGUGGAGAUCACGACUUUCCUCCACUAUUUCGUGACCCGAUACAGAUGGGAGGAAGAAGGCAAGAACACAAUCUUGAAAUUCCCCCGGGUGGAAGCUCCCAACGGGCUGCAUAUCCGAGUUCAAGAUUACUGAACUCUUCCAACAAACAUUUUGCAGAGUUAAGAUAGAUAUGACAAAGACAAAGAUCGAUGAGAGCGCGAUUCUGCGCGGAUGAUUAGAUUAGAUCUUUGAUGCCUGUAAAAACAUAGGAACAUUGCGAUAGUAUAGAUGUUACAGGUUCACUAGGUAGCCGGGGUAAAAGGCAACAAGAUGCUCCUGUGUUAUUUUGGUCUACCAAUUCCGAAAUGGACAAAGGCGUAUGAUGUGGAUA